UCUGGUAAGGGCUAUAAAUGGAUCCCGGAAGGAUCUCAUUUAUAGUCAUUUAGAUGAAUAUAUAUAAACAUAUAUAUACAGAGUGUGGUGCGACUUUUCUAUUGACAGUCCGUUGCUGAAUUGGGAAAUGUUUCUGUCCCAUGUUCGUGAAAGAUACCCGUUGUAAUUGUUUUAUCCUAUUUUUUAUGCAUUUUUCUAUAAAUAUACAUUACCACUUAUCAUAAACGCCUCUUUCUUGUGAUUGGUCCGUUCAAGGUCGUUUGCUGAUUGGUUGUUACUGGUGUCUAAAGUUUAACUCCGCCGGAUUUCAUCAUGAGCUGACAGCAUUUGGAGAACCACUGGAAAACCUGGGAGGAUUGGACAGCUGUUUCGUCCUAGUUUGUGACUCUGAGGAUAUAUAUAUAUCACCUGAGGUAAUGGUGUAGUCAGUGGUGAAAGUCUGGAGAUGUGAUCUGUGGUUACUUCACAUUUUUCAUGAUCCUCCCUGAUUUUAACUGUGUAAUGAUAUUGGGAUAUCAGUUUGACGUCUUAUUCUUGAGGCUUAUGUAAGUUUUAAGUUAAGUGCAUGUUGAAUUUCAGCUGUGAUUGACGAAUUCAUUAAAACGCUUUGUUUUUAGCUGUGCAGUCUGCAGUUCUCUGUCAUCUGAAGUCCCAAAAGUGAUAAACAGGCUUCAUCACUAAACUUGAAUGUACACACAUAUUUCAUUAUGUUGUAGUGAAGUUGUGUCUACGCCCUCUACUACUCAUUCAAGAAGAGAAUAAUUAACAGAUGAAGCACUAACAAAGCCUUUAAUUCUCAAUCUAAGAUCUGAAAUUCUCUACUAAUUACCCUCGUGUUUGCUCUGUUCAUUUUUCCCGUGAUCAGUUCUUUUCAUCGGGAAAUUAGUAUGUACAAACUGGUUAUAUUGAAACUAAUCUUAAUUUGUUUUUGAUCCUUUUCUACCUGAAUUUCCUGUAGCUUCUCUUUCAAUGCAUGGGAAUUAGUCAGCCUAGAAUUUGACCAAUUUCUAAAUAAGCGAUGAUAUUUGUGUUAUCUUCGAUAAUUCACAUGUCGAAGUUUUCUAAUCUGUCAUACUUUUCCCACGCUAUCUUCGUUGAUCCGCUGACUUCGACAUCUAUUGGUCUUACCAUUUUUCUUCUUUUUAACAGGGAAAGGUUGAAAUCACAGAAGAAGGCAUUAAAUUACUUGGAAAAUUGACGAAAUCAUUGAAUUCUGCUAACACAACAAAUGGUGGAUGCCCCAUAGCUGAAAGUCCAAUGAAAGAAAACAUUUCAACGCCACAUGAUGGUAAAAGCAAUACAUCUAAGAAAAGGAAACGUGUAGCUACUCCUUCUCCUGAGAGAGUUAAACAACCCAGUCGAACUUCAUUAAAGGGAACGAAGCACAAUUGUGAAGGAGAUGAACAUUCUUCUCAAUCUGGUAUUACCGUUGGUACUUCUUCGUCAGUGCAUAUUCCUCCCUUUCAUACUGAACAGCCGAUAACAUCUGUAAAACAACCCACCAGUGUCAGGUUUCUCGAUGCUUUUGAAUAUGGGGAGGAAUGGCUUCCUGGCUUGUUGAAACCAACGAACUUGAAGAACUUCAUCAGGUGAAUUUGUUAUUUCGGUUAUAUAUUUCUAGAAAUGCUUUUCAUGGCUCACCACGCCAGGUUUCUGACCCAUAUUUAAUAUAAAGCGGCUUACUUAACAGUGGUGUUAGACAGAAUCCGAAUUUCGUUCUUUAUACUGUGGAGUGCAGCUGAUUUCAGAGUUAUGAAUUCUGCCUUGCCUUUACGAUUCUUGUUUUGAUAUCCUCGUCCAUCCUUUCUACUAUAGUUGACACGAUGCUGCCUAGAUAAGUGAAAAAGAGGCCUCUUUCAAAUUUCUUCCGUUGACAGUGAUUAAUGGUUGUUAUUAUUGUUGUUGGUUAUCGGGUAUUUUCAUCACUUCCAUUUUCUCUGUGCUCACUUAAAGUGUUGUCUCGUGAAUCUGAAUAGCUCAGUGGUAAUGUCUCUGACUGCAGGACUCCACUGAGCGACCUGGCUUGUUGAAGUCUCCCAGAGGUGACGUCGUUAGUUCUUUCAAGAUUCCAGAUGCGCCUUUCUGGCUGGCGUUAAUGCCAACAAGUAAGAAAGCUAGGUCCACACAGAGAUUCCUGCCUAUUACCUUCAACCAUGUAAACCAACAAUUCAAAGUGCGACAUAGUAGCUAGCCACCUAGUUUGAUGGAUGUCGAAGGCUGGAUUCAUGACGCUAAAUACCAUCUUGUGUCUAGUCGUAUUAUGUUGUGAAUGAUCUUGCGUAAUCGAAAGAGCUGACAACUAAUUCGUUCAUAGUGAUGAAUAAUCAUUUGGAAAUGC